ACAAGACAGCUGUAUAAUUAUAAGUAAUUGGUGAUAAUCUAAAACUAUAUAAACUAAUGUUUUAGGAAAUCCAUUUUAGUGAAUUAAUAUCCUGCAGUUUUGUCAUAAUAUGCUGAGUAUACUUACGUUUUUUUUAAUGUUAAAGAAUAUUGAGUUGUUUGUGUUAAGGGGUGUGUUCUCAUCUGACAUUUAAAACACAAAGCCUUUGGGUGUAUAUGUGCGUGUGUGUUUGGGAUUUGUUAGUGAGACUGUGUGUAAAUCAGGUAUGGAGACCUGUUUUCAAAGUCCUGCCUCCUGACACCUCCCACAGUGUGACUGUCUGAGUCUCUUUUGUAAGCCUGGAAUCACACCCUGUUUCUCAGAUCAUUUGUAUUUCUCUCCUGCUGUGAUUCUGCUUGAUAACCAGAAAAGAAAUAAAAAAAUGCCCACCAGCCUUUGUGGGAAAUGGGAACUGCUCAGCAGCAUCAAUUUGGAGGGGUACAUGAUUGCUUUGGGAAUUGGCUCGUCCACUCGUAAGAUAGCGCUGAAGCUCAAGCAGCAUAAGCUGAUCGAGCAGGCCAACGACAAGUAUGUGAUCAAAACUUUCAGCACCUUCAGGAACUACGUCUUCUCCUUCAGAGUGGAUGAGGAGUUUGAUGAGUUUACUAAGGGCUUGGAUGAGAGACACUGCAAGUCUGUGGUGACAUGGGAGGAGAACAGGAUGGUGUGCAUUCAGAAGGGUGAGAAGAAAAACAGAGGUUGGGCUCACUGGAUUGAGGACAAUAAACUGCACCUGGAGCUUUAUUGCGAGGACCAAACCUGCAAGCAAGUUUUCAAAAGAGUGGCUUAAAGUGUAGCUUUAUUGCAUCUUGAUAGGGAAGAAGUGUAGGAGAGACUGGAUGGAACAAGAGCUCACCCUCUCUGACCUGAGCUGUGUUCAUCAGGAAAGCUGAAACUCUGAGGGUCUUCAAGCGUUUGUGACUAAAGGCAAUGUCAUCAAAGGCGGAAGACAAAGCCCAGGCCUGGAGAACCACUUUGUUUACUGUUCUUUAGACACCAGAUACAACUCAUUAGCUAAAUAUCAAUUUUAAGUUGUAUCAGUUGUUCCAGAACAGUGAAACAAACAGCUGUAAAGUUGUGAACUGAUUGCAUGUUUACAGUUCAAUACACACGAUUUCUAUUCACUAUGUCACCACUAGGAGGCGAUAUAACAUUUAGAAUGGGUUCCUAAUAGUCGCCUUUCCUGUAGUUUCCUGUAGUUUUUUUUAUUUUCUAUCUCUGUAGUUUGACUGUUCAUCCAUCCAUGUUUUUAUAUUUUUGUCAGUUGCCUAAUUUCUCAUCUCAGCUAGGGAAAUUUCCAGCUUUAUGUAUCUAAAUGUCACCUUCACUUGUACUUUUCCCUUAAAAAAAAAAAAGAUGCAUUUGUAUUAUUUCUGUAAAGAAAGCCUCACAUUCUGAAGGAAAGAAAUGGUCGUGACCUGUAUGCUUAAAAAUCUGCCAAUGUUACACAGGUUGGAUGUGAAGUUUUUUAAUUCAGUGAAUUUGACAAGAAUGUACAAUAAAACUUGCAACAAGUUCAGAGACCAUGUGGUUUCCUUGAAACUUUACUGUGAUAAUCCAAAUACCUCUACAGCAACAAUAACUACUACUAAUAAAACGUAUACUAUUUCAUUAAAUUUUACUUCAUUAAUGUGUGAUCAGUGCUAAGCCCACUUGUUAAGUUAUUUUAGUUCAAUACCAAAAAAAAAAGAAAAGGUGUGAAUAAUUUAUGGCUCGCAUAUCCCUUGACUAGCUAUUAAAAUCAGGGUGGUGGCCUGGUUUAAAAGUCAAAAAAAUGGUGAAAAGAUGCUUCACAAACACCUUUGUUAAUCAAAUCCAUGUCUAAUAUUUUGUUCUGGUUUAACACACAGGUAGUAAAUGACAUUUACUUAUAAAAACAAUAGGUGUGUUCGACUUCAUGCGGCGCUGCGCAGAACGGUCGGUGGCUGACUUGAAGCAGUGCAUGCCGGUUAGAAAUUGUCUGACUUGAGAUGGCCAUGACGCCACGUCACUGUGACGUAUGGCAUCAAAGUACCACGAUAGCGAUAUGAGAGCAGCCGACUCCCUCAGCCAGCGCAGCUUCUCCAGCAAGGCUACAUGA